AUGAGUGGGGAGUGGGGGCGCCUCAUCCACACCCUGAUCUGGGCUGUUUGGAUCCUUGCAGCCGCAGCCAAGGGGCCAGCUGCUGGUGCACCAGUGAGGAACACCAGGCUGGGAUGGGUCCAGGGGAAGCAAGCCACUGUGCUGGGAAGCUCCGUGCCUGUGAAUGUGUUUCUUGGGGUCCCCUAUGCUGCAUCCUCGGUAGGACCCCUGCGAUUUGUGAAACCUAAGCCAUUGCCCUGGAAGGACUUCCGAGAUGCCACAUCCUACCCUGAAUUGUGCUUCCAGAACACAGAGUGGCUGGUCUCAGAUCAACACAUUCUCAGGGUGCAUUUCCCCAAAUUCAGAGUGUCAGACUGCCUGUACCUCAACCUCUGUGCACCAGCCCACGCAGACGCUGGCUCCAAGCUGCCCGUCAUGCUGUGGCUCCCUGGGGGCGCCUUUGAGACUGGCUCAGCCUCCAUCUUCAACGGAUCCGCCCUGGCUGCCUGUGAAGACGUGCUGGUUGUGUCUAUCCAGUACCGGCUCGGAAUAUUUGGCUUCUUCAACACAGGGGACCAGCAUGCUCCGGGGAACUGGGCCUUCGUGGACCAGAUGGCCGCUCUCACCUGGGCUCAGGAGAACAUCGAGUUCUUCGGAGGGUUCCCCCACUCCGUGACCGUCUUUGGUGAGUCAGCGGGAGCCAUAAGUGUUUCCAGCCUUGUUCUGUCUCCCAUGGCCAAUGGCUUAUUCCACAGAGCCACCAUGGAGAGUGGGGUGGCCAACACCCCAUACCUGAAGGCCCCUGAGGACGAGAGGAAUGAGGAUGUAUUUGCAGGAUUUGCAAAUAUCUGUGGUUGCAGUGCAUCGGACUCUGUGGCCCUGCUGCAGUGCCUGAGGACAAAAUCCUCCAGAUUGCUGAGCAUCAACCAGAAAACCAAGUCUUUCACUCCAGUGUUUGAUGGUUUUUUCUUUCCUGAUGAGCCUGUAGACAUACUGAGUCAAAAAGCAUUUAAGCCAAUUCCUUCUAUCAUCGGAGUCAGUAACUACGAUGGCUUCCUGCUGCCCCUGAAAGAGUUUCCUGAGAUCCUCGGGGGUUCCAACAAGUCCCUCGCCCUGUGCUUGAUACACACAGUCCUUCACAUCCCUGCCCAGUAUUUAGACCUUGUGGAAAAUGAAUAUUUCUACAACAAGCACUCCUUGGUUGAAAUACGCAAUAGCUUUCUGGACCUGCUUGGAGAUGUGUUCUUUGUGGGCCCUGGGCUGCUCACUGCUCGAUAUCACAGAGAUGCUGGCGCUCCGGUCUACUUCUGUGAGUUUCGGCACCAGCCCCAGUGCUUGAAGGACACGAAGCCAUCUUUCACCGAAGCCGAUCACUCUGAUGAUAUCUGCUUCAUCUUCGGUGGCGCCUUCCUGAAGGGCGAUAUUGUCAUGUUUGAAGCAGCCACAGAGGAGGAGAAGCUGCUGGGCAGGAAGAUGAUGAGAUACUGGGCCAACUUCGCUGGGACGGGGAAUCCUAAUGGGGAAGGCGUGCCUCUAUGGCCGAUCUGCAGUCAGACGGAGCAGCACCUGCCGCUGGUAAACGUGACCACGGGACACAAGCUAAAAGGGUCAGAGGUGGAGUUUCGGACGGAGUCCCCCCUGAUAACGUCCACUUCCAGACCACUUCUCAGGCCUCUUCCCUCUUUACUCUUCCUUUCUCUGCUCCUACCUGUCUUCUCUUUCACUGCUUGAGAAGCUGUCUCUGUGUGGUCUGGUUUUCCCCGUCCUUCUGCGGUUUCUCCAACAAUCAUUAGCUUCAUUCUGUGCUAAGCUACUUUGUGGAAUCAGCUGCUUUUGCUGGUGUUUUGUGGACUUGGGAUGAUCCUUAGUGAAUUCAUUUAACAUCAAAAAUUACCAUUUGCUUUGGAAGGCUACCAGAUUUCUCCAGUAAGUCUGCAGGAGGCCUGGCCUAUUCAUUGGCAUAAUAAUCAUCUUGUUACCCAGAUGAAAUAAAAUCGGAAUAUAAAAAAUGUACAGGGAACAGAAUUUAAUUCUGUG